GUUAUGGCGCAUUGAAACUAAGAUUGCAAAAAAAAAAAAAAAAAAAAAAAAAAAAACUUUUGCAAGGCCUCGAUGAAAGAGAGAAAGAGAGGAGGCAAGACAAACAGAGAGAGAGCAAGCAAGAGAUAGAGAGAGAGAGAGAGAGAGAGAGAGAGAGAGAGAGAGAGAGAGAGAGAGAGAGAGAGCAUAAGAUAAAGAGAGAGAAAGACCAUAAGAGAAAGAGAGAGAGAGAGAGCAAGAGAGAGAGAGAUAUAGAGAGAGAGAGAGAGAGAGAGAGAGAGAGAGAGAGAGAGAGAGAGAGAGAGAGAGAGAGAGAGAGAGAGAGGUGACGAAGGCUCGAGCGCUAAAGGGAGAA